AUGACGGAGAAGCAGGAGAGCCAUAGCAAUUACAAGGGCUUUGUGGCGGGCGUGUUUUCUGGCAUUGCGAAGCUCUCUGUGGGGCACCCUUUCGAUACAAUCAAAACAAGGUUACAAACCUCCGACUCAGCCCGCUUCUCUGGCCCCCUCCAAUGUCUCCUCCAAACUAUACGGAAAGAAGGCGUGCCCGGAUUAUACAAAGGUGCUACCCCACCGCUUGUAGGAUGGAUGUUCAUGGACAGCAUCAUGCUCGGGUCACUCACCUUCUAUCGACGAAUCCUGCAUGAAACCCUCUUCAAUCCGCACCGCAUGGCCGCCUCCCCCUCCUCCUUCGCGGAACGAGACCUCCGUCUCCCUGACUCCAAGAUCCACAAGCUGCCCACAAUCGGCCACGCCAUGGCAGGUGUGAUGGCAGGCGCAACAGUCUCGUUCAUCGCAGCACCAGUCGAGCACAUCAAAGCACGACUGCAGAUUCAAUACUCGUCCAAGAAGUCCGAGAGACUGUAUAAAGGGCCCAUUGACUGCCUGUCGAAGAUCUACAAAUACCACGGUAUUCCUGGGGUAUAUCAUGGUCUGUCCGCUACGUUGUUGUUUAGAAGCUUCUUCUUCUUCUGGUGGGGGAGCUACGAUGUGUUCACGAGGCUGUUGACUGAGAAGACGGACUUGAGCACGCCGGCUGUAAAUUUUUGGGCGGGUGGGCUAAGUGCCCAAGUGUUUUGGAUUACGAGCUAUCCAAGUGAUGUGAUAAAGCAGCGAAUUAUGACGGAUCCACUGGCUGGAGGACUCAAUGAUGGGGCGAGGAGGUUCCCGGAUUGGAAGACCGCUGCAAGGACCGUAUAUGCGGAAAAUGGGUGGAGAGGAUAUUGGAGGGGUUUCUUGCCGUGUUUUUUGAGAGCAUUUCCAGCGAAUGCGGUAGCAUUGUUUGCAUUCGAAGGCGUUAUGAGGGCUUUACCAUAGAUGAUAGAGAGGGAUUUUUGUGUGGCGUUCGGGUUUACAAUCUCCUUCAAUGUAAAUGUCAAAUGUACACAGUGUAGCAUUAUAUAUAGACUAAGAAUAGACCAAUCUCACUUCGCUUUG